AUGUCCUUCCAGUGGCCCCUCCCACCACUCCGGGUUCCGCCGGUGGCCCCUCCUGCCGCCCUGGUAGCUCAGCCCACUUCAGGAGCUGUAUCUCCUGCCGCUUUUCCUCAUCAGCAAUUCCAGUAUACUCUGGAUAAUAAUGUCCUAAGCCUGGAACAGAGACAAUUUUAUGAAGAAAAUGGGUUUCUUGUCAUUAAAAAUCUGGUGUCUGAUGCUGAUAUUCAACGCUUUAGGGAUGAGUUCCAAAGAAUCUGCAAAAAGGAGGUGCAACCAAUAGGAAUAACGGUAAUGAGAGAUGUGGCCAUUGAAAAAUCAGAAUAUGUUCCAAAUGAAAAAGUGGUUUCAAAGGUCCAAGAUUUCCAAGAAGAUGAGGAACUCUUCCGAUACUGCACUCUCCCCCAGAUUCUGAAAUAUGUGGAGUGCUUCACUGGACCCAAUAUUAUGGCCAUGCACACAAUGCUGAUAAACAAGCCUCCAGAUUCUGGCAAGAAGACAUCCCGCCAUCCCUUGCACCAGGACCUGCACUAUUUCCCCUUCCGGCCCAGCAAUACCAUUGUGUGUGCUUGGACAGCUAUGGAGCAUAUUGACCGGAGCAAUGGCUGUCUUGUUGUGCUUCCAGGCACACACAAGGGACCCCUGAUGCAACACGACUACCCCCAGUGGGAGGGGGGAGUUAAUAAAAUGUACCAUGGGAUCAAGGACUAUGACAAAAACAAUGCCCGAAUGCACCUUGUGAUGGAGAAGGGAGACACCGUUUUCUUUCAUCCUCUGCUCAUCCACGGAUCUGGUCAGAACAAAACCCAAGGAUACCGUAAGGCAAUUUCCUGCCAUUUUGCCAGUGCCAGUUGCUACUACAUUGAUGUGAAGGGCACGACUCAAGAAAACAUCGAGAAGGAAGUUCUAGAAAUAGCAAAAAAACGAUUUAGAGAUAUUGAUUUCAUAACCAUACAGGAUGUUUGGCGGUUUCGAGGCCGGCUUGUGAAAGGAGAGAGAGUCACUCUUUGA